UAAGGGCUUAAUCGCCGAUAUACCUGUACCCCAUCCUCAUUCUUAAACUAUUGCAAUCUGUCGUACUAAAUGUAUGUACGAUUGUUAUUUCUCGGCCGUCUUCGAUGAGAUUAAUGAGGUGAAGUUAGCGAAAAAAUCGAAACCCACGGCAAUAUAAUACCUGAGGAGGAGCAGAAGCAAGCAAGCAAUCAGAAGUGAUAUUUUUUAUCGUAACGAGAGCAGUUACGAAAGUACAGGAGAGUGUCUGUGCUGUGUGCGCGUGAGGGAAGAAACGACGAGAUAGAGAUAAAGAAAGAGGACACUAGAUCCGGCCUGUGUAAUGUUUACAAAGAAAGCGAGAUUGGGUGGCAUCCGGCUGCCGAGGUCUAUCGAGAUGGACGUGCCCAUCACCUCGGACAUCGUCCUGCUGAGCGGCAAUUCCCAUCCGGAGCUGGCCAACUUGAUCUCCGCUCGUCUGGGGGUCAAAUCUGGAGGUUGCGCUGUCUACCACAAGACCAACAGGGAGACGAUGGUCGAGAUUGGGGAUUCUGUCCGUGGCAAGGACAUCUACAUCAUACAAACCGGAACCAAGGAUUGUAACAACAAUAUUAUGGAGCUGCUGAUCAUGGCGUACGCAUGCAAAACGUCUUCGGCAAAAUCGGUCGUAGCGGUGAUCCCGUAUCUGCCGUACAGUAAACAGUGCAAGAUGAGGAAGCGCGGCUGCAUCGUGUCCAAAUUGCUCGCGAAGAUGAUGUGCAACUCCGGUCUCACACAUAUCAUCACCAUGGACCUGCACCAGAAGGAAAUCCAAGGUUUCUUCGAUUGCCCCGUCGACAAUUUGAGGGCGAGCCCUUUCCUGCUGCAGUACAUCCAGGAGUGCAUUCCGGAUUAUAGGAAUUCGAUAAUCGUCGCCCGUAAUCCGGGCUCCGCCAAUAAGGCCACCUCGUACGCGGAACGUCUGCGUCUCGGCAUCGCCGUGAUUCACGGGGAGCAGAAGGAGGCGGAAUCGGACGAGGUGGAUGGGCGCUACUCGCCGCCGACGAUCCCCAGGUCUCGCACCAUGGACGCCGGCGUCGGCGUGCCCAUCCAUCCGGCCAAGGAGAAGCCUCCCAUCAACGUCGUAGGAGACGUGGGUGGACGUAUCGCCAUCAUGGUCGACGAUCUCAUCGAUGACGUCCAUUCGUUCGUGGCUGCAGCAGAAGUGUUGAAAGAAAGGGGCGCCUACAAGAUAUACGUGUUGGCGACGCACGGCCUCCUCUCCUCCGAUGCACCCAGACUCAUCGAGGAUUCACCAAUAGACGAGGUGGUCGUCACAAAUACAAUUCCUCAUGAGCUGCAAAAGAUGCAGUGUCACAAGAUAAAGACCGUGGACAUUUCCAUAAUGCUUUCCGAGGCGAUCCGCAGGAUCCACAACAAAGAAUCCAUGUCGUAUCUAUUCAAGAACGUCACGCUCGAAGAUUAGAAAAGAAGAAAUGAUAAACAUAACAACAACAACAGCAAGAAGUAGUAUGCAACAAACGUAUUACUCUUUACAUCUUGCAAAUCUUCUUUAAAUUUGUUCAUAUAUAUAUAUAAUAAUAAUAAAAAACAAAAUACCUUUAGUUUGUAGUCGUACAACACACACACACACACUAUUUACUGU